AUGACGGAGACCGGUGAUGACCUGGGCAGCGCCGUGAUGGGCAUCGACCUCGGGACGGCGUGGUCGUGCGUCGGCGUGUGCCGGCAGGGCCGCGUGGAGAUGGUAACCAACGAACACGGCGGCCGGACAACGCCGUCAUUCGUCGCGUUUACCGACACGGAGAGGCUCGUCGGUGACGCGGCCAAGAACCAGGCCGCCCGGAACCCCGCCAACACCAUCUUCGGUACCAAGCGAUUGAUGGGAAGGAGAUUCGGCGACGCGUCCGUGCAGGCCGACACGAGGCUGUGGCCGUUCAAGGUCAUCGCCGGCCGCCGCGACAAGCCAAUGAUCGCGGCGAGCUACAAGCGCAAGCCGAAGCUAGUUGCCGCUGAGGAGAUCGGCUCGAUGCUCGUCGCGAAGAUGAAGGGGGACGCCGUGGCCUACCUCGGCGCCCCCGUCACGGACGCCGUGGUCACGGUCCCCGUGUCGUUCGACAUCCUGCAGCGCCGCGCAACCAAGGACGCCUUCGCCGUCGCGGGGCUGAACGUCAUCGGCGUCGUCCACGAGCCCGUGGCCGCGGCCAUCGCCUACGGCCUCCACGAAAGCACGGAGGCGAAAAACGUGCUCGUCUUCGACCUUGGAGGUGGUACCACCAGCGUGGCGCUCCUCGCGGUUGCGGCGAGCAAGAUCACGGUCCUGGGAACCGCCGGUGAGCCCCAACUCGGCGGUGAGGAUUUCGACAGCCGCAUGGUGGAGUACUUGGUCGACCAGUUCAAGACAGAGUACAAAAAAGAUGUCAGUGGCAACGCGAGGGCUCUGGUGAGGCUGAGAACAGCCUGCGAGCACGCGAAGAGGACGCUCUCGUCGGCGACCUGGGCUGCCAUCGAGAUCGACUGUUUGCUCGACGGCAUCGACUUCCGCACGGCCAUCACCCGCGAUCAGUUCGAGGACCUCAACUUAGACCUGUUCUGCAAGUGCUUGGACCCCAUCAAAAAGUGCCUCAGCGACGCAAAGAUCCGGAGGAGCGAUGUGCACGACGUCUUCCUCGUCGGCGGGUCCACUCGAAUCCCCCGCGUGCGGCGUAUGCUUCAGGACUUGUUCGACGGGAAAGAGCUCUGCCCAGACAUCAUUCCCGAGGAGGCGGUGGCCCGUGGAGCUGCCAUCCUGAGCGCCAUGGCCAGCCGCGUGCCCGCCGGUGACUUGCUGGACCUGUUCCUGCUGGACGCCACGCCGCACUCGCUCGGCGUGGAAGCGUCCGGAGAUGGCAUCAUGACCGUGAUCGUCCCAAAGAACACCACCAUUCCUAUCAGGAGGGAGCAGAUCGUUUCCCUCCAGCCCCAUCAGAAGAGAAGUGUCGUUAUCUCGGUGUUUCAAGGGGAGAACGCCACUGCAAGGAAGAACAGGUUGCUCGGAGAGCUCAAGCUUUCGGUUGUCCAUCAUGGUGAUGGAGCGCACACCGGAGCCAAGCGCCAGAUUUCAGUGUGCUUCGACAUCGAUGCCGACGGCGUCCUGACAGUGUAUGCGACAGACAAGGCGACCAAGCGUAGGCACCAGAUGAGGUUCAUGGACAAAGGGCAGCUAAGCAGCGAGGAGAUCGCGAGGAUGGCCGAGGAGGCAGCGGAGUACAUGGCAGAAGAUGCGGAGAAGAGGGAGAGGGCGGAAGCAAAGAAUCUGCUCGAAGAAUACUUGUACCAGAUGCGCCGUGCAAUUGAGGUUGAGAGGAAGAAGGUGGACGAUGCGCUCUCUACCGUGGAACUGAUGAUUCAGCAGGUGCUGGACGACCAGGUUUCCAGCGCCAGAAAGUUCCUAGACGAUUUGGAAGGGCUUAAGAAGUCAGCGAAGCAUACAAUUGUAGGAGAGCAGGGUCAUGCGUAA